AGGACAGUUUAUACGUCGUUUUAUUUUUGUUUUCUUUAACAACCCUUAUUCUAUGAAUGUUGGGUUACUUUGCGAUUCCAAAUUGUGGCGUGUGUCAUCCAGCCCUGCGUUUUCUAAACGGUGCCCAGGGCUGCCGAGAUGGGUCUGAUCCCCGCCACACGAUUCUGGAUUAAGUGGAUUUAACAACGUCACAUCGUAACUUGCUCAGCGGCUGGCGGUCCCACACUAGGCCCGCCGAGCCUCGUCGCUUCCUCCUUCCGUGCAGAUGUCGUCCCACCCGUCAUCUGGGAGGGGAGACGAAGUUACGUCGCCACUGCCAGCCUGAGGCGUCACUUCAAGGAAGAAACAAACAACCAUCUCCCAAUGCGGAAAUAUCGCUGGAGUGGAGCUUGCCAGUCGAGGACCGGCCUACUCCGUAUUGUGUUUGUUUUGUUUUUUUAAACUAAUGUGUCCUGAAUAAAACAAUCUGAGACGCCGCAGCAGCGAUCGGACAGCCUACGUGACCUGACAGGACGGCGGAGUGACCCGAGAGUUCCUGGAUGAGCAGUGUGGGUGUCACUGGCCCCGGUACGCCGCCUUUUUGUCGUCUGCGAACCCCACGAAGAAUGUUUCAGACAGGCAGACAGUUUGGGGAAAGCGUGUGAGACGCGCGCCACCGAUGUCACGGCUUGCAGGAGGCGCGUGAACUGCGGACAGGAAGAACAACAGGUUGGCAGACGCGUCCCGACAUGUCGCUCGGAAAGUGAGCGGCUGCUGAAGUCGGCGCCUCAAGUUCCCUGGGGAGUGUGAACACGGCCGGGGCCAUGGCGUCCGGAGCCCCAUCGUUCGCCGUCGUCAUGUUUUUCACGUUUUUGUCGCAGCCACAAGUGCACAGUUUUAUGACUACCAAGCUGACACAUGAAUUUGGUCCAUGUUGGGGAAUUCCUAAGGUUCUAACUUCUCGUCAAGGAGAAAUAAAGUUCUCCUUCUUCACAAAAUGGUAUUCACAUGAACAGAAUUGCACUUGGCUGAUUGAAGCUCCUGUGGGACAAAUAGUUACUGUCAGUUUUUCAAGCUUCAAUGUAUCCUGUUCUUUGGAAUGGCUAUCUGUGGAAACCCCACUGUUAAAGCCUAUCACUCUUUGUGGCUCUGUAUUGCCAGAACCUCUUGAGCUCCUUGGAGGAAAUGUUUCUAUAACCUACCACUCGAGACUACUGCAUGGUUCUGGAUUUCGUUUGACAUACAUUAAAGGUUAUCUGGACUCAGAAAAGUGCAUGCAGGAUGAAUUUCUUUGUGCAAAUCGGAAAUGUGUGCCAAAUGCUUGGCAUUGCAACCAACAAGAUGAAUGUAAAGACAAUUCUGAUGAAUCUGACUGUCCUCUGUCUUACAGCCCUCCAACUAGUCCCUUCUUACAAAGAAAGACUUGUCCCAUCUCAACCAUUCCCUGUGACAAAUACACAAAACUAGAGCAGCCCCAUUGCAUAUUUGUCAGUCAGAUAUGUGAUGGAUUCGCUGACUGUCCAGGAAACACUGAUGAAAAUAACUGUCCCCCAGUUCAAGAGGGCCCCUGUGGAGGGAGGCUGACAAAAUUUUAUGGAGUCUUUUCGUCACCACGUUUUGCUAUUCCUGCAAACUAUCAUCAAAAUAGGGCCCAGGAGUGCAUAUGGGAGAUUGAUCCAGGGGAUACAAGAAAGUUGAUUCUUAAUCUGGUUUCUGUUGAUCUUGAAGCCAGCGACAGCAUUGAAGUUUAUGACAUGGGAGACUUGAAGGAAGAUCAUCUACUUCGCAUGAUAAAUGAUUUAAGCAACAACAAACGAGUGACAGUCGAGUCCACUUCUGGCCAUAUGUCAGUGGUCUAUCGUUCUGAAGCUGGCAGUUCUACUCGUGGAUUUAAUGCAACUUAUCAAGUGUCAGGCUAUUGCUUGCCAUGGCAAUUGCCUUGUGGAGGUGGUAGCCUGGAUUGCUAUUCACACCAGGAACGCUGUGAUGGCAUCUGGAACUGUGUGGAGACAGGCAAAGAUGAAGAGGGCUGUGGAAACUGUGGUCCUGGCAUGUUUCCUUGUGGGGGUAUUCGACAGAGUCACCCAGGAGGUGUGACAGGAACCUGCUUCUCAGCAGCUGAGCGCUGCAACUCUCAGUCCUACUGUACUGAUGGCACAGAUGAGAGAAAUUGCCACAGUUGUCAGCCGGGCACAUUUCACUGUGAUGCAGAAAGGUGUGUUUUUGAGACUUGGCGUUGUGAUGGUCAACCAGACUGUAAGGAUGGCACUGAUGAGAUGAAUUGUUCAUUUACUGUGCCACGGAAGGUCAUCACAGCAGCGACAGUGGGCAGUCUCAUUUGUGGUCUUUUACUUGUCAUUGCCAUGGGCUGUACGUGUAAGCUGUACUCCCUACGUGCCCGCGAAUACAGUUUUUUUGCCCCUAUUUCUGCACGAGAGGCUGAAUUUAUUCAGCAGCAAGCCCCACCAUCUUAUGGGCAGUUGAUUGCCCAGGGCCUUAUUCCUCCAGUUGAUGACUUUCCCACAGAGAACCCCAAUGAUACCUCAGUUUUAGGGAACAUUAGAGGAAUUAUUCAACUCUUGAGACAGGAACGCCCCCAUAAUCGCAGAAGACGACGCAACCGGUAUGUGAGACGAGCUAUCAGAAGACUGAGGAGAUGGGGUUUGCUGCCAAGAGCUACAUCAGCUUCCUCUUCCGGACGAAACGGUGCUGCACCUCAGGUGGCUACCGUAUCUUCAGCUCCGGCUUCUUCAAACACAGGUGGAACUGAACUAGCAAGUGGAGGCGAUGCUCAUCUACUGGUGGAGGGUGGAGCUACAGGGGUGAGCAAUCUUCCCCCAGCAGAUGAUGAUGAUGAUAAUCAGUCUGAAGAUAAUGCUCCUCCUUUGCCUCAAAAAAUGAAUUUUAAUUUUGAACCUCGCUGGCAGCCACAGUCCGCAGCCCAAAGAGAUACUGUGCCACAGGCAGAUGGCCCAAGUACAGCCUCAUACACUGCUAAUAGUGAAUCACCAGCUGCAGCUCAAGCUCCCUUGUUAACACUUGAUGACAUUCCUGUGAACAGAAGCACCUCUUUGUUGUCGUCUGUGUUUUCUGCACUUAGAGGUCGCUUGUCAUACUUUGGCAGGCUACUCCCUCAAUCUGCAAGCUCUGAAACACAGUUUCCAGUUCAUGCUCAUGCAGUUGAUAAUGACGAUGAUGUUCUGCUGUUGCCCCUGACUGACAGUCCUAAUCUGUCUCAGGCCCGCUUAACAACAUUUGGCCUGUUGAAUGAUGAUGAUGAUGAUGAUGAAAUCCUCCCCUAAAGUUUACUCAGUCAAUCUUGCCCUAGUGCCUUAUUGUCAUAGCUGACAUUCACAGCACUAAGAAUGGCAUUAGACAUAAAAAAUGCAUAUCUAGACAGGGCAUCAUAGAUUACUUUGACUCUCAGGUUUAUGUUCACCAGACAUAUUGAAUUCAAACUACUUUGAUUCAUUGUUCAUCCCAAACUCUUACCUGCUAGUUCAGUUGGGAAGGUUAAAUUGGUUUAGUAUGAGUGAAUGUGGGUGUGUGCAUUAGCAUGCCCCAUGAUGAACUGGUAUCUGUUUAGGUGUUGGUUCCUAAAAAAAAAUAGUGGCCCUAAAAAUAACAAAGAAAGAGGAAGGAUGGAUGAAAAAAUAAUUAAACAUAGUCUUGGGGUACAUUCUUAUUGCGCGUAAAAGUGAAAAUCAUGUUUUAUUACUAAAGCCAGGUGUUUGUA